AAAAUGAUUUCAAUUUGCAAUUCUUACCCUCCAAUCCACCACCAUCACGGCCACCGGCGAAGAUGGCCUCCAAAUUGGGUUUCACCAUAACCUCUUCUCGUUUCUUCACUGCUCCUUUUCGAAGACCUUCUGUUGGGUUGUCUUUGUCUGGUUCUAAUCGGUUCGCUGCGUCCAAAGUUCACUCUAUCCAGUUGAUCCGAAGGGAGCUUGUGAGUCGACGGAGAUUGAUUAUUCUUUCCCCAAAGGCGACAACUGAUCAACCAGGUCAAGUUAAAGACGAUGAAGUUGUCGAUAGCAACAUAAUGCCUUAUUGCAGCUUAGAUAAACAACAGAAGAAGACAAUAGGAGAAAUGGAACAAGAAUUUCUCCAAGCAUUACAAUCAUUCUAUUACGAAGGAAAAGCCAUCAUGUCAAAUGAGGAAUUCGAUAACCUCAAGGAAGAACUAAUGUGGGAAGGAAGCAGUGUUGUAAUGCUAAGCUCUGAUGAACAGAAGUUUCUAGAGGCUUCAAUGGCUUAUGUAUCUGGUAACCCCAUAAUGACUGAUAAAGAGUAUGACCAAUUAAAGAUGCAAUUAAAGAAAGAUGGAAGUGACAUAGUGGCUGAAGGUCCACGAUGCAGUCUUCGUAGUCGGAAGGUUUACAGUGAUCUUUCAGUUGAUUAUCUCAAAAUGUUCCUCAUAAAUGUCCCAGCUGCUGUUGUUGCAUUAGGAUUAUUCUUCUUCCUGGAUGACAUCACUGGUUUUGAAAUCACAUACCUUUUGGAGCUUCCAGAGCCAUUUAGUUUCAUCUUCACAUGGUUUGCUGCUCUUCCCUUGAUAUUAUGGCUAUCCUUCACGCUUACCAAUGUCAUUGUCAGAGACUUUUUGAUCUUGAAGGGUCUUUGUCCAAACUGUGGUACUGAGAACACUUCAUUUUUUGGAACUAUAUUAUCGAUUUCCAGUGGGGGGACCACAAACACAGUCAAAUGCACAAACUGUCAAACCCCACUUGUGUUUGAUCAAGAUACUCGUUUGAUAACAUUGCCUGAAGGAAGUGAAGCUUGAGUUGAGGUAAUUUAUGUUUCAAGGAAGAUGCUAUUGUAAAUGUAACUAGGUUUUUUUAGGAAGUGUUGCAUAAGCGUGGAUUCGCGUUGAAUAUAGUUGAUGUAUGUUCAUGUGUAUAACAUGGUAACAUGGAUUAUAUAUAUGUUCAUAUAUGUAUAUUUGAUAUUGGGUGAUGACUCUGUUUGUAAAAAAGGCAGAGUGUUUAAGUUUAAGUAAUAACAUCCCAUUUUAUAAAA